GGGAAGAGAUUAGCAUCCAAUAUGGCGACUUUCACGGGGCAGGAUGGAAACGCUGUCGGUACCUCGGAUGUGGAUGUUUUACUGCACCCAGAGCUGCUGUCUCAGGAUUUUAUGCACCUAAUCUUAAGCGAGAAACACGUCAGCACCGGAGGCUGUGACAGCCGGGACCGGCUUACAGAGCUCUACCUCCGACAUGUCAUCCCGCUGCCGCAGAGGACCUUACCGGACAGCCGCUGGGGCCGGAGGAUGGAGAGGAGCCGGGGGAGGCAGACGCCGGCCGGACACCGGACAGACAGUUCCAGUAACGACCACAAUAGGAAAAGGCCUCUAAUUAUAUUUGAUGGCAGUUCGUCUCACUCUGGCCCGUUAAAAGUAAAGAAACCAGAGGGAACUGGUGUGUCAGCAGGACUCACUGACAGGUUAAAACCUCCUCCUGCUGCAAACCUGUCCAACCCAAUCCGCAAGCUUUCUGGAAACACGUCUUCCUCGUCCUCAUCCAUUCAUCAGGACAUGGCAAACCUCAAACGAGAAGCAAACAGCUCGGGUGCCAUGAAGUCUCCAGAGGUGAAGAAAAAGAUCCAGCAUGUCACAUGGCCUUGACCUCUGACCCCGAUUCACACAGACCUGAUGGGAACUCAGGUUCUGAAGGACCACGCCCCCUCCAACCAAAUGUUGUUGCCCAGUAUCUGUGCUCUCCUCAUCACUUUUCUCCCAAUAAUUACAUGACAAAAGGGGUGAAAACCCUGUUAGCUGUGUGUCCAGGCCGCUUCACAGCUCUCGCUCAGCUCUGAGCUCUGACAAGACGAGGCGGUGCUCCGAGGAUCGUCCUGCUGCUGAAGUCACGAGCUUCCGCAACCUCAAGUGCCCUUACCAUCGAUGAUCAGCAACACUCCUCAAGUCCCACACGGACAAAAACAAGUAACACUGCUUUUAUUUUCUGAAUUGCCAUUUACGGAAAUACAGUUGUUGAUAUUCUAUUUCUGAGCACCAAUCAUUUUUAGGUCAAAGGGCCUCCAGUACUGGUUUCUGAAGGUGAAAGAGUGAGUUUAUUCCCAGGUUUUUGUUAAAAUUUUUGUAAUAAAGUGCUGCAGGGAUGAAACUUUUUUUGUAGGCCAGCCUGGAAGUUAACAUCCCCCUGGUUCCCUCGUCAAAAAGGCUAUGGGAUUUUUCCAUUGGAAAUUUGGAUUAUUUAAAACAAUAAACUGUGGUAAACAAACAUUUAUAAAACUUUGUUCGGCAAGAUAAUAUUCACAAAUGAACACAAUGCUUAUGGUUUUUAAAGCAUAAAUGUUCUUGCCAGAAGUGAAAAGCUAAAAACAAACUACACAAUGGUCGCACUUUACCAUUAACACCACCAGGUGUUUGUGUUCGGCGUAAUGAGGUUUAAAGGUCAACUAUGCAGGAAUCGUCAGUCACUGUUUGUAAACACUAUCACCAGUGGAAGUGAAAGCCAACCCUAGAUUCACUCUCGUUCGCUACGUUUGCAAAUUUUGAUUGAUUUUCAUUUUCACUUUGUAUGCAUGUUACGUACGGUCUGGCACUUGGUCGCUACCUUUUUCUAAAGUCCUGCCCUCAUCUGCACACUGUCUGCAGGAACAUCACAACACAGCAAUAUAAGCAAAUACAGUGUGCAGAGUAUCUGCAGAUACUUACAUCACCACACACCUACUGGUGGCGUAUAAGUGAUCAUUAAGAGUGAUUUGUACGAGUCCAUACAUUUGUGAAAGAAGAUCCUGCAUAAUAUUCCGUAAUAAACAACGCAACCUCUGUAGUCUUAUUUAGCAAAUAGCAACCGCCCUCUUAAAGUCUGUUUUCACAUAUUCCCCUCUUGUACUCAGUCCUCUUAAAGUGGACCAAAAAGUGGGCUAACAGAAAAGUAACUCAGUUCUUUUUGUGUUCACAUUUUCAGGUCAUUUGAAAGAGGACUCAGUUGUCUCUCAGUCUCCUUUCUGUUCACACUGAACCAGUUUGAACCACUGGAGUAAAGUCUGCAGUGACAGCAGAUAUAGUAUGUAUUAUUAAACUGAGGGAGAAGGAGAAAAGUGGAAAAUCGCAUGUCGUAAAGUACUUUUGCUGUAGUUUUUUGCACUUGUGUGCUCACAAAACCUUGUUUUCAUAUUGAAAACUGGAGGAAAACCGUCAUGUUUCUGUGCUUUGCAGACUGUUGGCGUUUGAUGUGUUUGCCAUUAUAUCUGCAGUGUCUUCCGCGAAUCAAUCUCCUCCUUAUCCUCCUUCUUGCUAGCCGUACCAACCGAAAUGGUUCCGUCUGUGUGUUUUUUUCGAGCGUCCUAGCACAGUAACGUGAUUUAGGGCUGAAAGAAAAAUGAUGGCAAAGAACAAAACAAGCCCAAAGCACUGUGUGUUUAGGAUGCACAAAUAAAGCAAAUCACCUCCAGAGGUGUUAAGACAUACGCAAAAAGUGCUGCCAUCGGUCUGAGUCCGCUUGUAGGGCUGAAACUGACCCAUUGUAAAAACACCCUAAGACAUGUAACAGCUUCAAAAUGAAUGAGUUUGGUAUUUACUGACGUACUUCAUGUUGUAGAACAAAACGUAAAAAUCUCUCACUCUUGUGUUAACUAUAGACAACUAACCAAAAAAAUGAUUGACUGCAGGACGAGUGAACGGUGAAUUCUGUGCUAACUCACGUCCGGGUUUUGGGACUCAUUCCUGAUGCGCUCUGUUAGCGUGACCCUAACUUGAAUGAAGAGACGGAUAUGUCCAUCAGUCACCAUCCUAAACUUUGGUUGUCUCCAGCAUUUGUGUCAAAGUCAGAUGACGAUCUGUGAUGAUGAUCGUGGCGUUUUAGAAGCUGUGUGUGUGUUCGAGCCAGUAAUAGCUGUAAUUCUUCUUCUCAUCAGCUCCAUUCCACUGAGGUUUGGCCUCGGUGCUGUUUCACAAGUUGUUCAGGGUUUUUAAACAUUAGUGUAGUGUGGUAUUGUACGUAUUUUCCAUAAAACAUGAAGAUUAAAUGAUUUUCUUCCACAGCUGGAUCAGAAACAAUAACCCACUGCUAAAUAACAUUCAGACGGUUGAAUAUCAUCUUUCAUAACUCAGACAAAAGAGAAGGAAUAUGAACUAAACCAGGAAUAUUGUCUUUUUGAAGUAUAUUUAUUCUGAAGUUAUGGAUACAUUUGGACUUUGCAGCGGCCUUUGUCUCUGAAACAGAUGGAGAGUUCAUCAAAAACACACAGAAUAGAGAUUCACAGAGCAUUUUUGAAUCCAUUCUCAAAUCCAGUGUCAUGUUUGUACCAGCAAUUUUUUAAAAUAAAUUGUCUCAAUAUAAUGAAUCAUCUCGUUGAUUUUGAUUACAGUAGAAAAUUCAGCAGCUUUGUGACCCGUGUCUGAUAUGUCUGUAUUGUGACUUAUUCAGUACUUUAUGUACUCUUAAAUGAAAUUGUGGUAAAAAUUAAGGAAAUAUAAAUUCCUCUGAAGAGGUCCUUGGCUUAUGUUCACAUUAUGACAAAUGACAAAAACUGUUUUUGUUUUUUUGCUCUGACUCUUUUAGUGUAGUAUCGACACAGACAAUAGAUUUUUUCCAAACAGAUCUGGGCUGCUUUCAUGUUGGGUCAUAAAUCAGAUAAAUAUGCAAAUAUUCACUGGCUUUAAUAAGCAGAUUAAAGUCACUGGACUUCACUGCUGUGGUGAUAAUUUGGGACGUAAGGCUUGCAGCACUGUCAUUCAUUUUUCCACCAAAUGACUGUUUCACAAAUGUGAUGUUUGUUAAAACGCGUAGGUGUGACAUCACUGGUGGCAUAUGAGGUAUUUUAGGGCUGAGAUUCAUUCGUGCCAAUAUCAGAUAUGAAUUCGUUAAAGAAUGUGAAAAGUUUAGGUAGAAAGGUCAGAUCUGGGGGGGAACAAAAUCAGAAUUGAACAUAAAGCUGCGUAAUGCAAAUGCAGAUUUGUAUUGAAUUUUUUGAUAUUUUCUUGCUUGAAAGUUGCCAGUCGAAAUUAUUUACUACUUGGGGUUUUCUGUUGGGUUUUUUUGUAUGAAUAAUUAUUAAAUUAAUGUGAUUUCAAGUUUAUGAUUUUUGCAUGUUUUGUUAAUUGAGAUAAUCUUCAUAAAUACAUACUAUUUUCAAGAUUUUUAGCUUAAAUCUAAUCCCCAGAAUAGCUAAAAUUAGGCUAUAAAUGAACUACACAACGGUAGCAUGACUUUAGCAUCACCACC